AUGAAGUUCUCCGUCACAGCUCUGUCGGCUGCCUCGUUGGCCUCGGCCGCUGUCCUCCCAGAGGCAACUGGCAAGACCAACUACGAUGGAUACAAGCUGUUCCGCGUAGACACGCCUGCUGACUCAACUGAUGGACUGUCAAGCCUUUACAGCCUGGGUUCUUCGCUCACGGACUCCAUCUUGCUCCAAGGAUGCAACCACGACGACCACCUGGACUUUGCUGUCCCGGCCCACGAACUUGAAGCCUUCAAUGCCCUGUCCCUGAAUGGUACCAUCGUGGAGGACGAUCUUGGUGCUGCUAUUGCCGCCGAGGGCCCGCUUGUGCCAUACGCAGCUCCUGUUGCUGGUGCUCUGCCCGACGACUCGUGGUUUGACGCGUACCACUCGUACGCCGACCACUUGACAUUUUUGUCAGACGUGCAGGCAGCGUUCCCCAACAACUCGGAGAUCUUCACUGUCGGAAAGACAUUUGAGGGUAGAUCGAUUACUGGUAUCCACCUCUGGGGAAGUGGCGGCAAGAGCUCCAAGCCCGCCAUCUACUACCAUGCUACGGUGCACGCCCGUGAAUGGAUCGCCACCAUGGUUGCCGAGUACCUCAUCUACCAGCUCGUCCAGGGCUACAGCGGAGGCACCACCAGCAACUUCCUGAACAACUUUGACUUCUACAUUGUCCCCGUGGUCAACGCAGACGGUUUCGUCUACUCCCAGACGACAACCCGUCUCUGGCGCAAGAACCGUCAAACCCGUUCCGGCAUCUCCGCCGUGGGUACUGACAUCAACCGCAACUGGCCCUCGCACUGGGCCGUCACGGGCGGUGCUUCCACCACCCCAUCGGCAGACGACUACAAGGGCGAGGCAGCUUGCGACACCCCCGAGUGCAAGGUCCUGACGGCUCACGCUGCUACUGUCGCCGCUGCACACGGCACCACCUGGUACAUUGACUUCCACAGCUACGCCAUGGCCAUCCUGUUGCCCUAUGGAUACAGCUGUACCGUCAAUGUUGCCAACCUGUCUAAGCAGCAGAGCCUGGCCAACUCCAUGAAGACGUCGAUUGCCUCGGCAUAUGGAACCUCGUUUGUGGCUGGUCCUAUCUGCACCACUCUCUACAAGGCUACUGGUGGCUCUACUGACUACAUGACCGAUGUGACCGGAACCACCUACGCGUGGGCUAUUGAGCUGCGUGGUACUUCCUUCGUCCUGCCCCCGGCCCAGAUCACUCCUAGCGGUGUUGAGAUUUGGAAUGGUGUCAAGACGGUGCUCAAUGCAAUCUUGUAG